CGUCGGUUUUCCCCACAGACUAAAAACUGUUGACUGUUUUUAGUCUGUGCUUUUCUCUAAAAGGUAAAGUGGGCGUGUCCGUGUGACGUCAGGGGUUAGAGUUCAUUUCUUACGUCGGCGUGCUCCUUUGGCGCCAGCAGAUUUCGCGGGGUAAAGCGCCGCGGCUUCAGCUCCAGACGGAACCAGAACCGCAGGAGCGUUCCCGCCGGUACCAGUCGAGCCCCGCGGAAGGAGGAGGCGGUAGCAGGCAGCCCCACCGAGGCGCGUGUCUCCCGGUGGCCCAGUCCGGAGGAGGGCAGUGAGCAAUAAUGAUGGCAGCUGCAGGACCCCCCAGCACUUCCAGCUUCCUCACAUUAAUGGAGACCCUGGAGGACGAUGCUGCAGGACAGUCGGAGCAGAUAGACGCCUACCUCACCAUAGCCAAUCGGCUGAGCGGAGACGACGGCCGCCACUUCCUCCCUGCAGUUGAGAAGCACUUUCCUCGUUUGGGUAAAGUUCUUCAGGUUCACGUUCACAGUGAAAGCGUGGAGCUGAGCCAGGCCGCCCUGCAGGCCCUGGGCUUCUGCAUGUUCUACUCCCAGGUGGCCGUGUGUGUCUCUGACGUUUUUGCCGAAGAAAUCCUGUCAGCUCUUUGCUCCUUGAUCACCAACUCGACGCAUAAAAACACCUGCAGCAGAGCAUUAUGGGUCAUCUCCAAACAGAGCUUUCCUGCGGAUGUGGUCGGCAAAAACGUGCCCAUGGUGCUGAGUUCCCUGGAGAGCGUGUGGAACCGCCCCAACAUCCAGUCUGUGGUGAUAGAGCACGAAGUCCUCAACGUCAUCAUCAAGAUGCUGGAGCAAGUUCCAUCCCAGAUGGCGGAGGGGGCGGUGAAGUGGGCAAAACUGGUCAUACCGCUGGUGGUGCACUCGGCCUCCAAGGUUCGUCUUCGAGCGGCUGCUGCCAUGGAGCUGGGCCUGCCUCUGCUGCUGACCAAACAGGUGGAGGUGGCUGCUGCCAUCGAGCCCAUCAUGGCCUCGAAAUUGAUUCCAGAACUUCAGAAGCUUUUCAUGUCCAAAAAUGAGACCAACGUCCUGAAGCUCUGGCCUUUGUUUGUGAAGCUGCUGGGAAAGCUGCUGCACAGAGGUGGCCCAUUCAUCAACUCUCUACUGCAUCUGGAGGAACUGGGGUUCCGGAGCUCCUCCCCCACCGUCAAGAAGAUCGCCUUCAUAGCGUGGAAAAGCCUCAUUGAUAACUUUGCCCUGAAUCCAGAGAUCCUGUGCAGCUCCAAGCGCAUGAAGCUGCUGCUGCAGCCGCUCCUGUCCAUCCAUGUGAGGACCGAAGCUCUGCUGCUCACUAAGGUGGAGGUCUGGUGGUACCUGGUGGUGCAGCUUGGACCCAACCUGUCGUCCCACUUUGACCAGGUGUCGGUGCCUCUGCUCCAAUCCACGUUUGGAUCCACCGGCUCCUCGGUCCCUGGCACUCCAUCUCGAAGUUCAGGCCAGAAUGGACCUUCUGUUCCUGGCACACCCAAGUCUGGAAAUUCCACCUUCAUCAGCUUGUCCAGCACCCCCCGGAUGAGCCUGGGCCCCAGCAUGCAGGCCGCCUCCACUUUCUGCUCCAUUCAGCUGCUGGGCCUGGAGAUGCUGCUGCAUUACUUGGUUGGACCUGAAGUUGUUGCAUGUGCAGCCAAGAACAAGCUUGUCCUGAGUCUGGAACCCCUGACCCACUCCCUCCUGACUGGAGCCUCGUCCUUCAGCAAACACGCUGCCGUGCUCAUCUCCACCAUCACAGUUGGCUUCACCGGCAUCGGCAAAGACGCUCCAGAGUCCCUGUUGGCCAUCAUCUGGACCAGACUGGUCCGAUUUGUCAGCUUGACCAUAGAGUCUAGCAGCAAGAAGGAGCGUCAAGGCGGUGAAGUCCUCACAUCCAUGCUUCAGGCGCUGCAGAGCAUCGCAGAGACUCUGCCUGCAGACAGACUUCUGGUUCUGCUUGAGGCCACUGUGAAGAACAUCCCUCCCAGAGUUCUUGGCUCCACCUCCUUUCAAGUUGGGAAGAUGGACGUUUUGAAUGGCACGCCGGCAUUGUUCCUCGUCCUCCUCGUCUUCAACAGCAGCAGUCUUCCCGCCUUCGUGGAGGAUGAAAGAUUCCUUGUCUGCCUCCAGACUUUGAUCAGCUGUGGCCUGUCCGGUCCCACCUCCGCUCUGGCGUUUGUAGAGGCUGUGCUGGCGGCCAUCAGCCGCAGCGCUUCGUCUCUGCUGAUGGAGCAGCAGUGGAGGCUGUGGACCACCUUGGUCAGCCUGCUGACGGACGCCAUAACACAGUCUAACGAAGUCAACCAAGGUGACGCUCUGGAGCACAACUUCAGUGCGAUCCAUUCUUCUCUGAUGUUCCCCAUCACGCACCUCCUGGACGGAGCCUCGCUCCCUCAGGCGGCCCAAAAGUCAAUGCUGUCGUCGUGGUCCAAGCUGUACAAGGUGUUCGCACGCUGCUCUGCCUUGGUGGUGACAGCUGAGGAGAACAUCUGCUGCGAGGAGCUUUGCUCCAAGAUGGCAGCAGCCAUCGACAGUGAGGCACUGAAGGUUCCUUCAACAUUAAACGCCAUGGCCAGCAUCCUCCACGUGAUGGUGGAGUCUGUGGAUUUCUCUCCAUAUACUUCUCAGUUCCAGCAGAAGCUCAAGUCUCCUCACACGCCGAUAAACUGGGUUCGGAAGCAGAGCAAAGCCCUUGGGAACUUAUCCAGCUUCCAGAUUCUGCUGGUGCAGACCCUGCACACUUACCUGGAGGUGGUGGAGGAGUCUUCUGAAGCCAUAGGCUCCACCCUGCUCUCCAUCUUAUCGGUGAUCUUUAACAACUUGGCCCUCACCAGCGCCAUCAAGGUAGCUCUAACCUCCUUGGUCCAACCUCUGGCGCUCUUCUACAAGCAAGCAUCCAGUGAAACGUCCAAGUUUACAGCACAGCUCCUGGGGAAGCUGGAGAAGCUUCUGGGCGACAUCUUGGGUUGUCUGCAGACUCACUGCACACUGGCGUACGACAGCGAGCUGCUGGCUCAGCUCACGCCUCUGAUGAGUGUGCUGUUUCUUCACAAGAACAAGCACCUGCGCACCGCCAUCACACACUUUUGGAAUGCAACCUUUGCCAACUCGGUCAGCCUGACCUACCCUGAAGAGAUCAGGCCUGUCCUGAGCCAGGUGAAGAAGAAGACUCCCAUCAUCCUUCCUGGCUUUGAGGUGCUGACUCUUCCUGAAGAGCUCAGCGAACAGUUUUCAAGUGAGAGUUCUCAGCUGGAGACCGAACUCAGUGGGAUCCCGGUUUCAUCUGCAGGGAAGAGAGACUCCAUGCUUGGAAAAGCUGCUGAGGAAAGGGGCUCCAGGAAAUCUAACAAACCAGUUUCUACAAAGCUGGACUUUGACUCCCCCAGACCUCCAAGCAGGAGUGUUCUUGAAGAAGAGGCCUCCAUUGACUUUGUCUUCAUACCUCCUGAGACAAAAGAGCGAGUUCUGACUGAGCACCAAAAAGAGAUGAAAAGAACCAAAAGGGCUGAUAUUCCCGCCAUGUACAACAACCUGGAUGCUUCUCUUGACACCACCGUUUUCAGCCAGUACACCCAGAGCCAAGAGGACUGUAUCGACAAAGCAACAGCUGAACAAAAUGUCAGAGGUACUGAAGAAACUCCAGACGAGAUUCCUCCCAAAAAUGAAGAAAGCAAAGAAGUUCUAAUGAAGGAGCUCCAAGAGCAUGACAGAACUGCUACAACAGAGACGACUGAAAGUCCUCAGGAGAUCAUCCAGGACUCUGAUGUUUCUGUGGUAAUUGACAAGAAGAGUGAUGAGGCGACAGAAAAUGUGGAGUCUAAGAAUGACACGAGUCCCAACACCUCCUCGUCUUCAGAUUUGGUGUUGGGGACUCCGCAGAAACUCAACAGUCGACGUCAGUCAUUUAUCACUCUGGAGAAGUACAGUGAUGGAAAACCUGCCAGUCCCAGCAAUGGCUCGUCAUUUACUGGUCCUCAGGUAGCCUGCAAUAGUCACAAGGUUUUCUCUGAAGCUUCCCAUGUAUCCACAUGUCUGGAAUCACAGGAUUCUCACCCGACUGUGAAACUAAGUCCACCAGACCCCGAAUCCCCCCGUAGACCUAAGGAUUGUAGGGCCAAAACGGAGCCUGUGCGGCUGAUUGAAAGACUGCCGGAAGACCCCGGCGAGGAUGCCAGUGUUAUUCCCGACAUGCAGACUGAAAUGGAGAGUGGAGAUUUGAUUCCAAAAGAAACCAAUACAGAGGAAGAACCGGUGCCAGAUGAUUUAUCGACCCAGACAUCCCCAGAGGAACCUAGAAGGUCUGGACGUCAGAGAAUGAGGCCCCAGAUUCCUGGAGAGGAUCCAGAGGAACGAGAGGCAAAGUUCACAAAUUCCAAACGCAGGUGUUCUGGAGAAGAAACCAAAAGCGUGCCACCAGAGGCCAAGCAAAGCAGACCAAACACAAGAGCCAAACUGGCUGCUGAGGACAGCAGGAAGGGAGAUGGGCUUCGGACCAAAUCUAGAAGAUACUCUUCAGAGUUGAGCCAAAGCACCCCCAAGGGAAAACCAGACCGCAAAAAGAAAAGGAUCAGUGAGCCCAAGUGGAGCCAAACUGAGAAUAACUCUCAAUCAAAAAAUGUCUCACUUCUCUCCAAUCCAGAAGCUGAAAUGAGUGAGGGAAGUCCUGACCAAACAAAACUAAAUGAUGGAGGAAAUCUGCCUGCAAUGGACUCGCCGACUACAACUGCUGCUCCUCAGGACACUGGGCCACAGGUGAUGAAACCGGAAGAAAAGGAUGCAAAAUUACAGCCUGCUGAGACAUUGGAGGUGAAAGCGUCUUCAUCUGACAUUGCUGACCAUUCCCAAGAAGAGGAGGGCUCUAAGAUUUGUUCACCACCAAAAGACCCCCAGAAUGAAAUGGCACACCAGACACAGAGUGAGAACAUGAUCAAAGGAAUGGAAGGUUCUGAGGACAUCCUCAGUCAGGACAACUCUCCAGUCACACCUUCAUCUUCUGAUAGUCAGCCGGUCACACCUUCAUCUUCUGAUAGUCAGCCAAAACCUGAAAGGAAAUCCAAAAGAAAUGAAGUAUUGUCUGACACAGAAAGGUCUCAAGAUAAAGGUCAAAAUAUGGAGUCUGUUGGACCAUGGAGAAGGUCUCAGACAGUCUCAGUCAGGGACGUAGAGGCUGAAACCAAAGGUGGCCGAAAAAGAAGAAAAAAAAAUCAGGAAGAUCCUUUAAAAUGUAGUCCUAAAUCUACCGCAGAAAGUUCUCCAUCUUUAGAUCUUUCUGGAACAGAGUUUUCUCAGGAGGGUGGCAGAGAUUUGAGAAGAUCGUCCCUAAAAACAGGUGUCACUUUGGAGUCCCUAAAAUCUGCCACCUCUGAGACUCAGAAUAAGUCACCAGUCCCCAAAAAGAGAGGGAGGAAACCUCGAGGGUCUCCGUCUCGUACCAUAGAAUGCAAGGAGGGCAGUGGUGAUGUAGAAAUGACCCAGAGUCUAGAAGGAAGAACACAAGUCGCGGAGGCACCAGAAGGCCAAGAUCCACAGGAACUUCAUAGAGAGGAAGAGUCUUCAACACGGACGGAGACUUCUGAGGUUUUACAUUCAGCUGCUGGUGAUGAGAGGAAAGAGGGCGGCAUGGUGCAGAGCUCUGAGCCUGAAGACCAGAACACACUGGAGUCUGCUGGGCUUGCUACUCAUCUGAUCCAGGACCCAUGCAUAUGUGCUGCUGAUAGUGUGGUGCCCCCCCAAGAGACAGGGGAGAAGCUGAAUGUCUCAGAGUCAUCACAGAUGGAAAAGGAAGUGUCGGAAGGCAGCGAGGCGCACCCAGAAAAAACAUCAAUGGAGUCAAACGCAGAUCCCCAAGAUCCUUCGACUGCCCCAAACGAGGAGGGGGUUCAGGGGGAGCAUUCACAGGAGCCACUGGCCCCUGUCAGUCAGUGUGGUGGGGAGUCUGUCUCAGCUGCUGGAGCAGGAACAGAAAAUGGAGUCGCACCGGUGAAGGACAUUAAUGAAGACGGGAAUACACCAAAGGAGGAUGCAGAGGCUACACAAGCCUGUGUCUCUAAACAGACAGAAUUAGUUUUACUUGACCCCACCUGGGUAGGUCAGGAGUCCCCAAUGAGGCCCAAGGACAAAGUGACAGGGCCUGACAUUGGCCAAAGUCCCAGUGAUAGUAAUACCAGAGGUACCUGGUCUCCGUCUGCCUCACCCUCCACCAGUAUCCUUAAAAAAGCCCAGAAAAGACCUUUGGAGGUAGAGAUGAGUUCACCUCUUGUGAAGUCCAGGCGAGUGUCUUUUGCUAAUCCAAUCCAGCAACAGGAGACCGCUGACGAUAUUGAUCGCCGCAGUCUGGCUGUUGGCACCAACUCCCCCAGAAGGUCCAAAAGCAACACCAUCCCACAGCCAAAGCUUGUGACAACUCCAACAAAAGGCUUACAGGUGCGGAGUCCCAGAAAUCUGCACAGUCCAGGGUACAAGAGCUCCAAGAAGUGUCUGAUUUCGGAAAUGAGUCAGGAACCUGGAGCUGUGUCCAAAGACUGCAUCUAUCCCGCCCUGGUCGGCUGCUCUGCUCCCGUGGAGGCGGUGCUGUCCCAGAUAUCCUCCACCAUGUGGUUUCGAGGGUUCGGACAGCUUGUUCGCGCAAGAAACAUCAGAACUGUCGGUGACCUCAGCGCUCUGACACCUGGCGAGAUUAAGACCCUGCCUAUUCGUUCCCCGAAGAUGUCAAAUGUCAAGAAGGCCCUUAAGAUCUUUGAGCAACAGCGGAGAGGACGGGGAGGAGUCGAGCUGAAGAGCUUUGAUGAAACUGAGAUGAUGACCUCUGAGCUGGAGGAGCCAAGCGCCCCUCAUGACCCAGACGAAGAGGAGAAGACCUCUGGACAGCUUGCCGCAGAGCCGCUGGACCAGCUGCUGUCCUCAGACGUUCCCCCUGAGCUGGACACCAUGGCGCUGGAGGGGAACCGAAGUCCUGCACAGGGGCUGCAUCCUAGCGGGUUGUUGGGGGAGCUGGAGGCCCUGAGCUCCAGGAUGACGCCGAUGGAGCUGAGUAGCCUCUCGCCGCAGCAGCUGGUGGACAUUCACGCCCACCUGGGAGGCAUGAUGAGCCGCAUGGUGGCGGAGAUGCAGACCCGCCUCCAAAAACUGUGAUGCUGCUGUGCCGAGGGAGCAGGAGUGGGGUUUUAGUGUUUUUUGAACACUGGCUUUGUUCAGUGUUGAGCUUUUGGACAGAUCAUCUUCUCUCCAGUGUUUGUCCACAAACAUUUUUAGCAUUUUCUUACCGUCAUCCAUGAAGACGCCGCUCCAUCCAGCUUUUAGUUCUGCUGUUGUGUAUAUAUAUAUAUUUUGUUUUUUCUAGUUUCUUAGCUUUUAACUCAUUUUACUCCAUAAUUUUUAUCUCAAUAAAUAGUUUACUUGUGGAUUUUAAAUGCUAAAAUAAAAGGGGGAGCUAAUGGACAGUUUUUCUCCUCCAACUAAAGUGUCA